AUGUCUGUGUCAGGACGACCCAACACGGUCCGGCUGGUGUUCCUCGGGGCUGCUGGGGUCGGUAAAAGUUCACUUAUACGACGUUUCCUCCACGACCGCUUCGAGCACAAGUACACGCGCACUGUGGAAGAGCUUCACGUGCUUGAGUAUGACACGGCAGGGUCUGGGAAGACGCGUCUGGAGAUCCUGGACACGAGUGGGAGCUACUCUUUCCCGGCCAUGCGAGAGCUCUGCAUCCGACACAGCGACGCCUUCGCCCUGGUUUACGCCGUGGACGACCCCGGGUCCCUCGAGGAGGUGAGACGGCUCCGUGACGAGAUUCUGGAGCUGCGGGGACGCAAGGGCGCGCCCAUCACCGUGGUGGGCUGCAAGGCGGAUCUGACAGAGAUGGAGGGUCGCGUGCUGCCGGCGGCGGAUGUCAUGGCCACGGUGGAGGGUGAGUGGGAUGCGGACUUCGUGGAGGCGUCCGCGCGCACAGGUGGAAACACGGUGGGGGUGUUCCGCGCGCUGCUCCAACAGGUGAAGAUGCCGCACCGGCUGAGCCCCGCGGUGUGGAGGCGCAGAGACACGGAGCCCGGCGCGGCGGUGAAGAGGAGACCCCCGCUGAAGAAGAACCACAGCUGUAUCCUGUCAUAG